AAUGUUCACUACUAUAUAGUGACUAGUUGUCUGUCUACUUCACAAGCCUUUCCCUUCUUUCAAUCUAUUCCGUUCGUGCGGGUACAUCGAGAGCUACGUAGACCCUCGCCACUUCGCCGGUGAAAAUGAUCGUCUGCGUCGCCGUCGUUGGUCACCAGAACAAUCCAUUGUACAUUCAGAGCUUCACGGAGGCUGAUGAUGCUCUCAAGCUCCACCACAUCGUCCAUUGCUCGCUCGAUGUCGUCGACGAACGAGUGAACAAUCCUAAGAAAUCUGGACCGAUGCUGAAUGAGACGUUUUUGGGAUUGCUUUAUCCAAUUGAAAAUUACAAAGUUUAUGGAUAUCUGACUAACACAAAGGUGAAAUUUAUCUUGGUGACCACGGAUAUUGAUGUUAAAGAUGCAGAUGUGAGAAAUUUUUUCAGGAGAUUUCAUGCUGCAUAUGUAGAUGCAGUUUCAAAUCCAUUCCAUGUGCCGGGUAAAAAGAUAACAUCUAGAACAUUUGCAGAAAGAGUGAGCACAAUCGUCAAGUCAUUUGGUUUUAGUUCGGCUGCAUGAAAAUCUAAUACUGGUGCUGAUGUGAUCCUUUGAUGAUAUAUAAGCACAAAACCUUUUUCUAUUUCUUUUUACCUUGUAAUUUAGUAUUCCUUAGGAAUGGAAUUUCACCGAGGUAAAAUAUGUGUAGGAACAUUUUCAACUGAGUUUAAUGUUCAUUGUUCAAUAUAUAAUAUAUUAAAAAUCAAUCUUCAUAUUUGUAUUUAUAUAUAUAUUUUCCCUUUA